ACAGACGUUGGGUGAACCGGUUCCAACUAACGCGAUACCUCUUUUGGGCAUGUGCUGGGCUUGGCAUGGGAGCACGCCAAGCUUAAAGUAAAGCACUAAUUUUUUUUUCUCUUCACAUCUGUAAGCAGCCUAAUUGUAUAAGCCUUCUCUUGUUAUAUGAAUGAUAGCUGUGAUGAAAGGUUUUGCUUAAUAUGCAUUUGAAUGAUCUCUUCCUCUUCCUCUCUUCAGCUCCUAAUUUCUAACAUCCUGUUAAUUCCCAGGCACCCCAGUUUCCUUAACACAAGGGCUAGUGGUUUUUAGUGAAAGAAAUAUUGGAUGGGCACAAAUGGAGCUCUCUACUUGUAUAAAACCCUAUGCACCAUGGUAAGAUUCCAUGUUGGUACAAUGAUGUACCUGUGUGCAUUUUGUUUAACAAUAAAAGUGUUGUUUGUAGAAAAGACAAACCAGAAAUCUAGCUUUAAUUUUAUAAUAAUAUUGUUUAUGACUUUCAGUUCUUUGAAAAUCUGGGGCCAAAUUCGUGGCUAACAUACAAUUGCGCAGUGUCAGUGAACUGAUAUGGAAUUAUACCUGCAACUGGUAAAUUUGGAUCUCUGUAUAUACUGUAGUUGUAAAUAUAAAUCAGCCAUUCUAUUUUUAUCAUUUUAUUUAUUUCUUCCAUCAUGCCAGCUUCCAAGCUAAGAUGCUAGUAUUCUGGGUGCUGUUUCUGGCCUAAAGAGUUUAUAGUCCAGUCUUGGAAAAGGAGUACUCAGUGAGUGUGUGCUAUAAACAAUAUGAGGGAAGGAUGGGAGGAGGAGAACAAGGUUAAUGGUAAUGGAGGCAUGUAGUCAUGUAAACUAGCUGGUAGACUGAGCCUUUACAGCCCUUAAGCACAUUCUUCAUUCCAGCUGCUUGGAGUUAGUAAUUGCAUGUUUCAGUUGUCUGAAAAGUAAAAGGCAGUUUUUGCAUCACAGAAGCUAAGAAGGGGUUUACCAUUUGCUUCAGUAGAAGGCAGAGUGGGGCCAUACAACUUAAUGGUUUCAAAUUGCUUGAAAAUAUGUAGCUGUCUAAAUACAUAAAUAAAUAAAUAUCACCUAUUUUUUAAUCUGUCUCAGCCUAGCCAUAAUACUUGGGCUGUUUAGUUUGUGUGUGUCAUAGCACCAGUGGGUCUUGCGUGAAGUAUUUGAAAUAAGAGCUGGGCAUGUCCUAAUGAUUUGAUUAGGGAAUGUCUGUGUAGUUUCAGAGUUUACUUAACAAAUCUGUUGAUAAUGCACAAGCCAGAAAAGAAUGAUUUACACUCAUGUUUUGGUACAACUCAUCACAACAUAGAUCUUAGUUAACAUAACUUUUUGGUUUGAUUUAGUUUAUUUUGGUUAAGUUUGAACCUCUUAGUUCUAAAACAAAGUCCAGAUGCAACCCAGCCUGUCUUUUGCUGCCAUUCUUAGUUUUAAAUAAUAUAAAUAAUAUUAAACAAAGGCACACAACGGUAACAUUGUAGACUCAUAAUGAAGUCAUUCAGGAAUUGAUUGCUAAAAGAGAUGGGUGGUCUUUCAUUUUCCCCCAACCCACUGUUUAAAUCAAAUGGACAACAUCAUUUCUUUCUCAAUUUUUUUCUAAAUAGUUAGAAAAGUAUGCAAGUUACUAUCUCUCUAGUUAUUAGGUUGUACUCCUUCAACAUCUAAGAAGUCAUUACAAAUGUUGAUGUAUGACUUACUAUUAUACCCUCCAAAGUUAUAUGCAGCUGCAUGUCACUUUCAUCCAUAUAUUCUAAUUGUGUGUCAUUACUUCGUGAAAUACAAGGGUUCUAUAAAUAACUUCUGAGGCUGUAUAUUCUCUUCAAAAGAUGUGCAUAAAUCCCAUUGUGGGAGCUAUAUAUUAAAGGAGAAAAUUGUUUCCAAAAUGCUCUUAAUUGCAAAUAUUCUGUGAUAGAAUUGUUUGUUGUUAUUAAUUAACAUUCUCAUAGACGAGAGUUAUUUUUUCCUAUAAAUAAUAGUUAAUCAGGAAAUGUUACUUGGAAAUGCUAACAAUUCUAAGUGUAACGUAAUAUAACUAGAUUAUGGAUAGAUUGCAUACGUUUGUUUUUCCCCAUUUUGAAACAAGAUGAGACCAUUGGAACAAACUGGUAAUUUAAAAAAAAAUAAAGCUGGCUUUCCAUAAUACAGUUUUCCUAAUUUUAUUUUUGUUACUGUCAAUUGAUGGUCAUUUAUACACGCAUGCACCAUUUGAUCCUAAUUUAAAAAAGUAGUCCUGUAAAAAUAGCACUUUAGGGUUCCAUAAUGAUUCUGUUUAGGGGAUGGUAUCUCAGUUUACAAGGAAAAUAAUGCAAACAUGGUGGGAUUUAAAAUUCUGGUUGUGCUGUAUCUGGGUGGCAUUUCUUAACAAGAUCAGUUAAUAAUGAUUACAUAUGUUGGUGUACUCAGUGCAUUUUCAGUAUAAAAAUAUGUCCUCUUGUAAAGAAAAUAUUUGUUUUUGGAAUUUAUGGGGCAAUUUUGUUGAUGAUGCAUGAUUUCAAAAGAAACCUAGUGUAGAUUUCCAUAGAUACUAGUUCUAUAAUGCUAACAGGAGUAGAAGCCAACAAAAACAUUUUUGUCACGGAAGUCAGCACAAAUGAUUAAAUAUGCUUGGGGAGCACAGCUGUGAACUGUAUGUAGCUACUGUUUGGCUAUUAAUGUUUUGUACCAUUCAGAAUCUAGUUUUGGUAGUGUUGGAGUGAGUGAUGUUGUAGCUGUCGUGGUCCAGGAUGUCUGCGUGAGGCAACGAUUUUUGCAGGUGUUAUCUAUUAUUGGACCAAGUGCAUGGUUGGGAUGAAGUUAGAUAAGCUUUUGAAGGCAAGGCAUAGACCUGAUGAAAAAUGCCUUGUAUUCAAAGGCUUUUUUAACUUCAUUCAACCAUAUGGUUUAAUUCACAAAAAUCUUUGCCUCUUGCAAAUCUGGUUUUUGGCUAACAUACUGUUUUACCUGACUUCGCUCAGUUAUUCCUGCUUUUUGCUCCAUGCUCCUUUUCUUGAAAGCUUGUCCUUUUAGUGUUUUUACUUCUAGUUUAUAGAAGUUUACUAUCUCUUUUUGCAUCAGUUCUCUUCCCCAACCUUGAAUGUUGCUGUCCCUGCUUUUAAUUCUUUUGGGUCAGCUAGACCACAUGUGCAUCUUUCCAGUAUGAUGGAGCCUGUGUUAUAUUUUGUAAGUAGCACAAUGGAAGUAGUCAACGUAACUAUAAUGAUUUACAUUCCAGUUGUGAAUAUGCCCUGUAACUUCACAGCUGUAGAAUGCCAAACAGUUGCACAGUGGGUAAACCAAAGAGCUAAGAGGCUUAAACAAGGAGUCUGUCUAGAGGAGCACAGUUAUGAUUUCAAGGCCUGAAGAAAAGCUAUCCCUUCUAACUCAGCCUUAUAGGCAGCAAAGCUCAUUCUCUUGGAGUGUGGAAUAUUAUUUAGACGACAGAGCUCAUGCUAGCUUAGUUCUCUUUCCUCGAAAAACACCACUGUUUAAGAACAACAGGGUAUGAUCUUGUUCCACAGAAGUCGGUGGAAGUUUUGCCACUGCCACAGCCUUUAAUUUUAUAGUCUCUGUCUCUCUGUGUCUGUUCUGCUCUCUGUCUCUUCUCUUAGUGAUAGAAACGGUUCUUCACGUAUUGCAAGGAAAAGUGUGCUCCAAACUAAAAAUUACUGCCUAUAUAUGUUUCUUGGAAGGGAAGGCACAUUUUCACACUGAAACAACUAUAUAGCUGCUUAUCUUUAAUGGUUUAUGACUUCCUCAGCAUCUCUCUGAAAUCAUGGCUUUUACUGCAUUCAUGCACAUAAAGAAUUGGACAGUUUUUUGCCAGUUGGAUGGCAUUUGGACAGUUUGAAGUCAGUUUAAAUGAGAUAUACCUAGUACAGAACUUCAAAAGUCAGGAAAUGGAAAAGCUUUGUCAUAUAACAGUAUGGACCCUCUACCCCAUCAGAUGGUGACCUGUACAUUAUCACUAGCAUAACCUCUAUUUCAAACUUCCUGCCUCUACAGAAACAGUUCCGGUUCUGAUCUUCUGAUCUUCCUUACAUCUCUGAUCCUUCUGGAAAAAAAUACACUUUUGGUUAAGUAGUCAAACUGUUUCGACUCCUUGUCUAAGCACAGACAGUCAAAAAGCCCGAGGCUGAAUCAGUUCACUCAUUGCAGGUUAGUUUAAACUGUAGAGAUUAAACUGAGAAACAACUGGACAGACCUUCACUUUUAAUUUAGGAAAUGCUCCAGAAUUACAGCAGCAGGACUCUGCAGGGUUGCUCAUCACUUCCGUUUCCUGCUUCCAGGUGCCUCUGGGAUUUGUAAUCCACAGUCUCAGCCAGCAGUAAGUUUUUAGCAGGGUAGGGCAGCUCUGUACUCAGGGCAAGGGAAGUUUAACCACCCUUCCUGGCCCCAGACCCCAGCAGGGAUUUGCCCUCCUCCACCCUCCCAACCCUUCUCUGCUGGAGCAGACAGCACGGCCCAGCCCAGGUCUGAAAAGCAUGCUGGGAUGUUGGGGGAACCAUGAUUUAACUUGAACCAGGAAGGGGCCUGGGACGGAAGUUUCAUAAACUGGUUUGACCCAAAUCGGUUAAGUCUGAUACUGCAUUCAACCAGGUUUAUCUUUGUGAGCAUGUGCCCGUCCCGGGUAUCCGGUUUUCAGGUAACUCCCCCCCCCCCCCCCAAUUCCCGCCUGCCACGACUUGAUCUAACACAAUUAGUGGGGGGGAAGGAACAGUUGUUAGAAACCAGUACCCCGAUAAAGAAAACACUCAGGUCAGAUCUUCACCGGUAGUGCUUUAUUUAACAUUGCCUGGCUUUUUCCCCAGGGAUGACCCUCCUCCUGAGUGCUCGCUGCGGGGGUUCUCCCUGCCUGUCUUCAAGGAUCAAAGCAGGAUUACUUGUUGGCCUCUUACUCGGUGAUCAACUGCUAAUUGCCUUGUUAGCAGCUGAUUGCCGUCGACCCCGGGAUUCACCGGCUGCGGUAGGACGUGAUCCAUGGACGGGUGCAUCGCUUCCCACAAUUACCCUCGUCGCAUGGGUAUGCAUCCUUAUCUCCUGGACUCUCAUGGGCUCCGUUGCUGUAGGGGUCCCUUCUCGUUUCUCUCAUCGUGUGCGUGCCUGAAGGCACCCUUGUUGAUCAUGUGUUUACAGCAGGGCUGGAUUUGCAGACUGAAAUCCUAUGUUCAGGAUGGUAGAGGCAGCAUUGUAAGUCUUCACACUGAAAAGGUUAUACUUCCAGAAGUUCCCCUCUCAGCCCUCAGUCAUCAAUAGACAGUGAACUGAGCACUUCGGAACUUGAGGAUGAUUCUAUCUCCAUGGGAUACAAACUACAGGACCUCACUGAUGUUCAGAUCAUGGCUCGACUGCAGGAAGAAAGUCUCAGACAAGAUUAUGCUUCUACUUCAGCCUCUGUUUCAAGACACAGUUCAAGUCUAUCUCUACAUUCAGGAAAGAAAGGGACAUGCAGUGAUCAGGAAUAUGAUCGCUACAGUCUUGAGGACGAAGAAGAAUUUGACCACCUGCCCCCUCCACAGCCUCGACUUACUCGUUGUUCACCAUUCCAAAGAGGAAUUCCACACUCACAGACUUUUUCCAGUAUUCGGGAGUGCAGAAGAAGCCCCACUUCACAGCAUUUCCCUUCAAAUAAUUAUCAGCAGCAGUGCUAUUCUCCUCAAGCCCAAACGCCCGAGCAGCAACCAAAUAGGAUGAAUGGAGAUAAACUCCGAAGAAGCAUGCCUAACCUAGCUCGGAUGCCAAGUACUCCUACCAUUAAUAGCAAUGCAAGCUCUCCAGUCACUGUGAGGAAUAGUCAGAGCUUCGAUUCCAAUCUACAUGGAGGUGGUAAUGGGAUUUCAAGAAUGCAAUCUUGUAUUCCAUCUCCAGGACAACUGCAGCAUAGAGUUCAUAGUGUGGGACAUUUUCCAGUGUCUGUCAGACAGCCUCUGAAAGCUACAGCGUAUGUAAGCCCAACUGUGCAAGGCAGCAGUAAUAUUCCUGUGUCCAAUAGCUUGCAGUUGCAUUCUAACACUGGAAUCCCAAUGCCAAACAAGAUUGCCAAUGCAGGGAUUGUUGGACGCAGUGCUCUUCCAAGACCACCAUUGGCCAUAAGUGGCAGUAGCAUACCCAGGAGUAAAAUUUCACAGCCCGUUCGAAGUUUUCUUCAGCCUCCAAAGCCACUUUCUUCACUUAGUACUCUACGAGACGGGAGUUGGAGAGAUGGCUGCUACUGAUGUUGAAUACUCCUGAACAACAGAAAAUAAAUGAUGCAGAUUUGAUUACCCAGCUGGCUGGGUAACUCUGUUAAAAGAGGGGAGGGUCACACAGUAUUAUUUCCCCUGAGGUUUUAAUAUCUAAGAAUAUCCAUAAUGCAGUGUCAUUUAAAAAAUGAACACAUUAAAUACUAAAUAUUGCACUUAGUCAUUUGCCUGGAAAACUGCAGUGUUAUCAAACUAACAGUUGCAGUAUUUAUCAUUUAGAACUUUAGUAUUUUUAUGUAUGUGCAAAAUACCAGAAAUACUUCCUUUGAGUGAACUAAGAACCACUAUUUCAAACAGCUUUGCCAUAUUGAAAUUUUGAGACAGUUUGUUCAAGUGUACUUCUAUAAAGGCAUUAUGCUUUUUUUUUCCAGAUUUAGGGACGUAUAUUUAUUUACUUGAUUUCCUGGCCCACCCAAGAACUUUAUUUUUUGCACUUAAUUUCUUUUACACUUGCUUGAACCACAGAGAGAGGAUUUAAUAUUUCUGUGUGCCAUAAAUAAUAUUUUUGUGGUAAUGUACUAUUUUUUAGCACUAGGAACAUAUCCUACAAAAAUACAUUCAUGGGCAAUAUGAAAUCAGUAUUUUAUGUUGCGGAAGCACAAACAAGUAGCAUUCACUGGAAACUGCCAUACGGUUGGCAGUCAUAAUGAUUUCGUCAGUGUCUUUCAUUGUUUGUUCAAAUGUUAAUUUAUUAUCAUAGUGUUUUGUAUUUAUGAUGGCAGCGUAAAUCACAUUGCACUUAAGAUAUAAUAAUGAUCUCUAAACUACAGUUGACUUUCAGUACUUUACUACAAAGAAAAAAAUUGUAACAUUUUAUUAACAGUUGCUUAUGGAAAAUGAAUGAGUUUUAAUGUGAAUAAAUCUUUUUGAUAGACCUUUUACAAAAUCCAAUUGCACUAAUCGAUGCUUUCUUAUAAUGGCAUAUGAUUUAAUAUUUGAUUACAACUGUGUAUACUGCUGUUUUGGAAUGUUUCAGAAAUAAAGAAUCUAUUUCGGCAA